AUGUUGGCUCCGCAGCUCAUUCUAGACACAUGUCCACGACCGGUGCAACCUUCCUCGCUCAAGAACAAACUCACGCCAUGGAAAAGUGCGUCGCAGCAAGUAAUCGACACUCUCAAACCGGAAUGUGUAUCGGAAUUCCGAGGAAAACUCAACUUCUCGGUGACGUUCGAGAAAGAAGUCAGCACUCUCCAUAUCCACCUGCUCGAAGCAGUCGAUCUUCCCGUUAAAGAUAUUACAGGCACAUUUCUC